CAAUUUGAUGACGUUACCAUCUUACUCCAAUCCUCCCCCCAACAGAGUGACGACGCAGUCGCGCCCCAGCCUCCCCACGUGCUGGACUUCUUCUCUGGAUUAUGAGGAUUUCGUGGAGAUCACUGGAAUGCUCAGGAUUUCUGAAAACAUAUUACAGAAUAAUUACAUCAAAUUCACAGAUUCCUUUCACUUGGAUAUCACUGGCACAAAGUCUUCAUAAAACACUUCCUUUUUACUUGUACAGUCAAAGAAACAGAUUUUCUACAAUGCCAGAAAUAGACAAGAACAAAAUUGACCCUGAGUUAUAUUUCCCACCUUCUCAAGUUCGUGGAAUGACAAAACUUGAUAGAACUGCAUUCAAAAAAAUAGUUACUAUUCCAGUACUUAACGUGAGGAAAGAAAUGGUAAAUAAAUUAGUGAGAUCCCUAAAAAAAGCACUACUACAACGUCCAGGCAUAAAACGAGUGAUUGAUGAUCCAAAGGAUGAAGGAAAUAAACUUGUUAUGUUGGAUCCUUAUAAAAUAGUUUCUGAUGAUUCCUUUGAAGAAUCUGAACGUCUUCUUUUAAAAGAGCUUAAUGUUAACCCACAGAUCUCUUCAUAUAGUUUGGAGCUAACUUAUGAAAACUUUAAAACAGAAGAAAUCUUGAGAGCUGUGCUUCCUGAAGGUCAAGAUGUAACUUCAGGGUUUAGCCGAAUUGGACAUAUAGCCCAUCUGAACCUUCGAGAUCAUCAACUACCAUUCAAACAGUUAAUUGGCCAGGUUAUAAUUGACAAAAAUCAAGGCAUCACUUCAGUAGUAAAUAAAAUCAAUACUAUUGACAAUAUUUAUAGAAAUUUUCAAAUGGAAGUGCUAUCUGGAGAGGAGAAUAUGAUAACCAAGGUUCGAGAAAACAACUAUAUGUAUGAAUUUGAUUUUUCAAAAGUCUAUUGGAAUCCUCGUCUCAGCACAGAACAUAACCGUAUUACAGAACUACUCAGGCCUGGAGAUGUUUUGUUUGAUGUUUUUGCUGGAGUGGGGCCUUUUGCCAUCCCGGUAGCAAAAAAAGACUGCACUGUAUUUGCCAAUGAUCUCAAUCCUGAAUCUCAUAAAUGGCUAUUACACAAUUGUAAACUAAACAAAGUAGACCAAAAAGUAAAAAUCUUUAACCUAGAUGGUAAAGACUUUCUUCAAGGACCAGUAAGAGAAGAGUUAAUGAAGCUGGUGAAACAAACAUCAAAGGAGAGAAAGCCACAUGUGCACAUAGUUAUGAAUUUACCAGCAAUGGCUAUGGAGUUCCUUGGUAUUUUUCGUUGUCUUUUAGAUGGACAAAUCAAAAACAGUGAGCUGCUUCCCAUAGUGCAUUGUUAUAGUUUUUCUAAAGCUGAUGAUCCUGUCAAAGAUGUUCAACAGCGAGCUGAAGCUUUGUUAGGUGCAUCUUUAAAAGGAUGUAGUUCAGUUCACCUUGUAAGAAAUGUGGCUCCUAAUAAGGAAAUGGCAUGCAUCACUUUCCAGGUCCCAGCUUCUGUGUUGUAUGAGAAUUGGCCAAUGAACGAAGAGGAGCAAUUUCUGAAAGCUGAAAACCUAGAGGGGCCUCCUUUUAAACGCCUAAGAACAAGCAAAGCCUUAUUUGAAGAAUCAUAAAAUGGCUCACAAACAAGAUCAGAAGUAUUUUAUAUCUCCCUAUCUAUACUAAAAGUAAUUUGUAAUUCUCUAAAGCUCAUGUAUUAUAUCAUUGGAGUAAUGGGACUAGAUAGUUUUCCUUUGCCUUUUAUAGUUUUCUUGAACGUUAUCAGAAUGACAUCUUCAUUGCAGAAUUAUAAACAUGAUUAAAUUUAUUUUCACAAA